UCCUCGCGACGACCACAGAUCACUUCUUAACAGCACUCUCGCCGCACCGCUUCCCGCACCUCCUUACUUAACUCUCCUCUACUCUCACUCAGAAUCUUACGCACUCUCACUCCUCUCCCAGUCUCAGUACGUGGUCACUCCGCACUCUAGUUUCCCUGUCAGUCAGUCAUUCAGUCUCUGUCAGUCAACCGCCUCGCACUUGACUCGGGCCUUGUGUCUUCCCUCCUCCCCAGUCCGUCCGUCACUCCUUCGCUGACCAGAGCUCGGAGUUGUAUUCUGGCCUCCCCUCCCGUUGUGGUGGAGUUGUUGAAGGAGAGUGGCGUUGACGAGUUAGUCCUUCCUGUUCCUUCCCAUUCUUCGCUCCUCCUGCUUCUCUUCCUCUUUGUCCUCCAUUAGUACGGAAGACGACAGCAGCAGGAGUGAACGGGAAGUUAUCGUGAGAGUUUCCGUGUAAGGAAACCCAACAACAGAGUAUAGUUAAAAAAAAAAGAGAAAAAGAAAAGGGAAAGGAGAGAAGCAGUCACCACCACCACCACCACCACCACCACCACCACCAACAACAACAACAACAACAACAACAACAACAACAACAGCCAUGACCAGAGCGGCACUGACGGCGGCGGCGGCGGCGGUGGCGGCACUCACAGUCCUUCUCCAGGUGGGGCACGCGGGCGCCUUCGGGAUACCUGAGUUCCUGGAGUUUGGGGAGUGUCCGCCCAUCCAACCCAUGGCCAACCUCAACUUCGAGAGGUACUCCGGCUUCUGGUUCGACAUCGACAUGGUGCCUAACGAGUACGCGGACAUCACCAACUGCACCAUGACCAACUAUACGUGGACGGACGACCUCAUGUUGGUGGAGGCGCGUGGUCUCAAUGCGGAGGGCCUCAAGAUGAAGCAGAACUCGCUCAUGUACCCGACAGAGGGAGAACCCGGCGUACUAACGGUGGAGGCUGAGGGAGUGCCCAGCGCGCCCUACGUGGUGGUGGACACGGACUACGAAACCUACUCCUGUGUCCACUCCUGCAUGUCCAUGAUGGGCUUCCGCGCCGCCUUCUCCUGGAUCGUGGCCCGGCGCCCCACUCUGGACCCCGCCCUUAUCGCCCACUGCAAGGAUCAGCUGCACAAGUGGGAUAUCGAUACGUCCACCAUGCUUCCCGUCAGGCAGGGCAAGAACUGCCCCUACAUGAACAAGCUGGACGCCGUGCUGGACUACAGUGCGCGAAUUCAGGCCAAGGCGAGGGCGCGGGAGGUGGCCGUGAACAAGGUGAAGAUUGACGUGACCGCGGAGGGCGUGCAGACCGUCACUGACCACCGCCACCACACUGAGGAGGAAAUGGACGAGGAGCGGGUGGAGAGCAGCGUUCCCAUGCCUGAGAUGAGCGAGAAGGAGGUGGUGGUAGUGAAUGAGGUGAUGCCCAACAUGAGGGCGCAGCACACAGAGAAACAGGAGCCCAACGGGAGUGACGUGACCACCCCCAACACGGGCCUGCUGGUGCUGCUGCUGGCUGCCAUCAUGAUCCUAGUGACGGCACCGCCCUCCCUAACCUAGUGUGUGUGUGUGUGUGUGUGUGUGUGUGUGUGUGUGUGUGUGUGUGUGUGUGUGUGUGUGUGUGUGUGUUCUAUGACAGCCGUGUGUAUGAGAUAAAAGACGGUAUUCUCACAAGUUCUUAUCUUAUCUCAACUUGUUAAAACAGCUUUACUGGAAAUGACUGGGAGUCUCAAGGGUAUGUUCAUGAUUCCAGUGAUAGUUGAGUAAGCACUCUGAACCACUGAUGGGAACAAGAACACGUGGAGAUCAACUAAAUAACCACUAAGGCCUUUGAAAACUCCCCAUGUCGGAAUCUGAAGUGUUUCAGAAUACGAGCCAAAGAGAUGAAGCUUCAAGUCAAACUGAGGUCAGCGCGUGUCAAGAUGAGAAAAGAGAAGAGGAGUGUGUGGGCAGGAGAGUGCUGUGGAUGGGUCUAUCCGGCAGGUGAACAUAAGAACAUAAGAGAAGCUACAAGAAGCCACCAGGCCUACACGUGGCAUUCCCUAGAGAGGAAGACCUGAGAGAGGGCUUAUGGAUACAGUAAAACACAUGCUUGUAAUGGCUGUGACUAAGGAAGGCGCAGAGAGCAUGUAGAAGACUGAUCCGCUGUGGCGACACCUGACGGGAGAAGAUGAAAGAAGGAAAGCAAGAAGACUGCGAAGACUUAGUAGAAAAAAAAAAAAAAACUUAGAUAAUUUUACAGACUGACAGAUACUGAUCGCCUGUCCUUUGUUUUGGGACACGUGGUGGGGUGUUGAAGUUUUGAUGUUAUUAUAGAGUUCCUAGAUGAUGAGAGAGGGAUGAAGAGUUGCCUGGAUAGUGAAGUGAGGUGCACGAGGUAUAGUCAGGAUAGAAAUCUAAUAUAUUGUACUUAAAGCGUGUAAAGUUUGUUGCCCUCCACACUGUUUCCUCUUUGACAUUGAAAUUCCUAUACAUGUAUUUUCUUUGGCAUUCUAUAUGUAUAAUUUUGUUAUAUAUACUACCUCCUCCUCCUCCUCCUCCUCCUCCUCCUCCUCCUCCUCCUCCUCCU